AUGGAUCCCGGUGAGGACUACCUCACCAUCGCCGCUGCCGAGGAGCAGAUGAUCCUCACCAGGGAUGAGCGGCAGAAGGAUCUUGAGGAUGCACAUGCGAAGAUGCGGUCGCUCGCGCGUGUUCUUGAAGCUGCACGUGUGUCCUCAACCCGCCCGUCAACCGUUCCCUCCGUGGAAGCCCAUGCGCGGACGCUGAACGACCUCGACGCGACGCGGCUGCAGCUCGCGAAGGCGAUCAAUGACGCGGAGGGCGCGCUCGCGAGCAAGGAGGCUGAGCUCGCGCGGCUCAAGGACGAGGCACGGGCCCUGGAGGAGGCUGACUCCGCUGCUGAGCACGAUUUGGACGCGACCGCGUUGCGGUUGGCAAUGUACAAAGGCCUAGGGUUUGAACCGGUGAUGGACAAGGAGGGGCAUGUGUCGAAGAUGCUCAUCCGUAUGCCUUUCCCCUCCCUGCAAGUACUGUAUGGGUUCUCAUCAGUCAUUCAACGUACGCAGGGUCAGAAUCGGGCGACGUUCACUGCGUAA